CUUUCCUACUUUUCCACACACCCAGUACAGAGAAUUGUGUGGCAAACAAUGGCACCUUCUCGUCGAUCCCAGCGUCGCGCGGAGGAGGAAGAAGAGUCUAGCGGGGUAGGGGCCGCCCCGGAGGAUUCGACGGGUCGGACCAGCACUGGGCGUCGGGUGGUACCGGAACGUGUCCGGGAACGGCAACGUGCCGUGGCCGAACGCGAGGCGUCUCGUCUGGCCCGCCCCGAAGUCCGGCCAAUCGUCAGUCUAGGACACGCAGAUCGUCAAAAGAGCGCCGUCACCUCCACGCCGUUUGGUGUGCUGACGACCAGAGCUAGCAACAGUACGAAAGACUCUCCACCACAGGAAUGGUGUGGUCCUUUCAGUGUAGCUCGACAAAUGAUUGCGGCUCGGGAAGAAACGAAACGACGAGAAGAAGCCGAAGCUGAGAAUGGUGUAGACCAGGAAUAUCACCAUCCCUUGGACCAGGUUAUGGAAGAACUCGAGCUGGAGAAGAAGCGAAAGGCGCACCCCUCCAUUUCCUGGAAGAGUUCCUUGCCGGGUGCGCACGAACAAUCCGGAAGCGCUCGAAACUCUUCCCUCUACGCGAAACGUAAGAGACGUGCAAAUUUGAUUGCUCAAAAGCACAGGAUUCCCACUUUGUUUCAGACGUGUUUGCAGUUCUUGGUCGACCACAUCGAGUUCGUGGAGUCGUUGGGCGACGUGGACUCUUCGAUUCGUACAAGGCUCCUACAAGAGCUAGUGGCUCGACACAAGUUGGAUCCAGCAGCUUUUGACGCUAUUGCCGAAAAUGGAACAGACGUGCUUGAGUUGACGGAUGCGUCCUCUAUCACACAAGAACAACUCACGAAAGCGUUGCAACGCAUGAUGCCUUCGGGCCUCCAAUAUAUUAUGUUGGAUCAGGCCGGUCGCUGCUUUGGCCCCGCAGCUGCUGAUGCCAUUGUUGAAGCCAUGUCAAGUAAACUUGGGAGUUUGCAGGCCUUGUCAAUUGGUGGUGCAUACUUACUCAAGGAUGUCGACGCGGUCAAAUUGAUUGAGGCGGUGGCGCCGACAUUGUCGUCUCUUGAAUACAAAGCCUGUCCUAUGUUAGGCGUGCAGUUCUGCAAAGGUCUCACCAAGACGUUUGCAACGACAGGAAAACUCUUGGAACUGUCGUUGGAAGAUAUUCCAAUAGGAUCGGAAGGUUUGGAGACCUUGACCGGCGAAACAACCGCAUUUCGCCACUUGAAAAGUCUCUCCAUGCGCCGAAUCAUAGAUUUGACUGAUGCGAUGGUUCACAAACUUCUUUUAUCGUGCACAAAUACACUGGAACGGUUGGAUCUAAGUGACAAUCAUGAUCUAACCGACGCGACUUUGUCGUCCUUGCGCUCGUGUGUGGGACUACAGGCUCUACAUGUAUCCGGUUUAAAACACUUAACCCCCCAAGGCCUAGAAGCACUUUUUACUCACGUUCCCGGCAUGGCUCCGCCACCUUCAUUGCGCGUCCUGGACUUUGGCCGUCUCGACCAUGAGGCCGUGACGGACGAUUUCAUGCUACUGGCGAUCCAAGCUUCCACGUCUAACAAGGAUUCGACAGUGGGUGGCCUCGUACAAGUAAAUGUUGAGGGCUCUAGCGUCUUGACGGACUCGACGCUGGAGAAACUCGCUUCUUCCUGUCAUUCUAGCCUACAGUAUUUGCACGUUAGCUUCUGCACAGCUUUAUCAGACCAAGGCCUGGGUUAUUUAGUGGACAAGUGUGGUUCACAGCUACGCAAUAUUGAGGUCUGGGGGUGUGCGCAAAUUUCCGAUAGUUUCCUGGACGGCCACCGUCGCGUUGCUGAUCCUGGUCUUCACAUUGUCGGUGCGUGGAUGAAACAAAAUUCGGUCCGCGCUUUUCGCUAGAAUUGUAGGUUAAAUUGCUGAAAUUCUGUAUUCUCUUGACGAACUGCACGUAGUCCCUAAGUGGUCCGUCCUAACAGAAAACCCAUGACCUGGUUCAUAUUGUUACAGUUUCUUUAAGUUCCUGGUCGUCUCGUCGUCUCGGAACUUGCUUUCCAACUCUUCUUGACCUCCCCGCCAUCAUAAUUUUCUAUCCUCCUUGUAUCUUCGUGCUCUGCAACACUACCAAGACCUCGGGGUUACUGGUCAGCUAUUUGGGUUGUUCAGGCUUCAAUCGAAAUUGAAUCGCUUCAGGAUUCUGGGAUGUACCUUUCCGGUCGCCGGAGCUUCAUCCAAUCGCUCUACCAAACUCUCCUCAUCAAAGCAGUGAUGUUACGAGAUUUCGAGCAAGUAUAGUUUGCCUUGAUAUUUUUGACACGCAUCUUCCCAAGUUCUACCCCUUCUUCGUCAUCGUCUUCGGCCAAUGCCGGCUCGAAAUGGUCUCGUUGCCUCCCAUCUCUUGCGAUAUGUCGAUGUCGAUGUCGGUGCUCUCGUCGGAUGAAUCAUUCUU